AUAUAAUCAAUGGCUUUUCAAACUUUGGGGCAUCCCCCUCCAUAUACCAAAAUAGCAUGAACUUGUUUCUCUCAUCUCAAAAGCUCAAGUCAUCUCACAUCUCUGCCGACUUAGCUGCUCUGCUACAAGGUCGUAUCUCACACUCUCAUCUCCUUCAAAUCCAUGCCCGAAUCUUUGUUCUUGGUGCUCACCACGACGACUUGAUAGCCACUCGUCUCAUUGGCCACUACCCAUCUCACAUUGCUCUCCGUGUCUUUCAUGGCCUCCGAAAACCCAAUGUGUUCCCUUUCAACGCCAUCAUCAGGGUCUUCGCCGAACAGGGUCUCUUCUCCAGUGCCUUCUCCCUCUUCAAAACCCUGAAACAGAGCUCCCUUUCGCCCAAUGACUUCACCUUCUCUUUCCUCCUCAAGUCGUGUAGCUUUCGCUGCGGGGAUUCUGUUUAUGUCAAGCAAAUUCACACCCAUGUUGUGAGGAUGGGCUUUCUUCGCAACGAGUUCGUCUGUAAUGGCCUGCUUGCUGUGUAUGCUAAGGGACUCAAGGAUCUGGGUUCUGCACGCCAGGUGUUUGAUGAAAUGCCUCACAAGGGUGUGGUUUGCUGUUGGACGUCUUUAAUUGCUGGCUAUGCUCAGUCAGGGAAGGCUGAGGAAGCUUUGCGGUUAUUCGUGGUGAUGGUUAAGGGAGAUUUGCGGCCGGAGGAUGAUACAAUGGUCAGUGUUUUAUCCGCUUGUUCGAAUCUUGACAUGUCAAAGAUUGAGAAAUGGGUUUUGAUUCUGUCCCGAGUUUUCGACAAUGUGGAUUCUAAGAAUGUUGGUUCCGACUCCGUUAACACUGUACUGGUAUAUCUGUAUGGGAAAUGGGGGAAAAUAGAGAAGAGCAGGGAAGCAUUUGAUGGAAUUUCUGACAGUGGGAAGCCAAGUGUGCUGCCUUGGAAUGCUAUUAUCGGUGCAUACGUUCAGAAUGGUUUUCCUGUGGAGUCUUUAAGUGUUUUCCGCGUAAUGGUGGGAGAUCCCACUCGUAAACCUAACCAUGUUACUAUGGUCAGUGUGCUUUCAGCCUGUGCUCAAGUUGGCGAUUUAGAGCUUGGUAGAUGGGUUCAUGAAUACUUGAAAUCUAAAGGAAAUAGAGGUGUGAUUGGAUCAAACAGAAUUCUAGCCACUGCAUUGAUUGACAUGUAUUCCAAAUGUGGGAGUUUGGAGAAGGCAAAAGAGGUUUUUCAUCAGAUGGUGUCGAAAGACAUUGUUUCAUUCAAUGCUAUGAUCAUGGGUCUUGCAGUUAACAGUGAAGGAGAGGAAGCCCUGAGGCUAUUCUCAAAAAUCCAAGAUUUUGGUUUACAACCCAAUGCUGGUACCUUCCUUGGUGCUUUAUGUGCAUGCAACCACUCAGGUUUUUCAGAGGAAGGGCAUCAAAUAUUCAAGGAUAUGACCUCAGGCUUUUCCAUUUCACCUAAAUUAGAACAUUAUGCCUGCUAUAUUGAUCUCCUUGCCCGAGUAGGCCUAGUUGAAGAAGCUCUCGAGGUUGUAACUUCCAUGCCUUUUGAGCCUAACAGUAUUGUGUGGGGUGCUCUGCUUGGAGGUUGCCUGCUCCACUCUAGAUUAGACUAUGCUGAAUAUGUUUCCCGUAAACUUGUUCAAUCUGACCCCAACAAUACCGGGGGUUAUGUCAUGCUGGCUAAUGCAUUUGCGUCUGAUCAUCGAUGGGGUGAUGUCUCUUCUCUGAGGCGGUUUAUGAGGGAAAAGGGAGUGACCAAGCAGCCUGGCUGUAGUUGGAUCAGCAUUAAUGGUGUUGUGCAUGAAUUUCUCGUUGGAUGCUCGUCACAUUCUCAAAGUGAAAGUAUAAGUAGCAUACUAAAUGGAUUGGUGAAACAAAUGAAGAUAGCAAUUGACAUACUAUGAGACAUUUAUGUUAAAAGUAUACAUCAAGGAACGCUGAAUAUAGGGCUUUGCCUAGAACACAGUUUUGACAUUUGCAAAGAAAAAUAAUUGAAAAAUAAACAUCAAAAACAUCAGAUGUUGACUUACAAGGAUGUCGCUUAAAAGUGCAAAUAUAUUCAAAGUCUCCUCAAAAGAUGAGUUUCAUCCAAAGCUGGAGUAGUUACUGAAUGCCCAUUGGAGAAUCUGGGGACUCAAGGCCUGGGUAAAGUGUGCCCUGAGGUUCAAAAUAUAUUCUCCAUUUCCAUGCUCAUUUUUCUUGUAUCAAAAGGUAUCCACUAGCAUAUAUGGAAUCUUCCACUGUAGGAAAAGUAGGAAGUGAUGUCUAAGUGAAGGUGAAGUCUCGGAGGGUGCCUACUGAGCUGCCACAUUGCUGAAUUUCAAUGAAUGGCGGAGUCGGCUAUGGCAAAGGAAGUCAUAGGAGAAGAGUCCGGGAAAGACCGAGAGUUUGGGGUCAAUCAUUCUGAAAAAUUUCUAAUGAUCAGUUCUACAAGUUUUUCAGAAAAAUGACAUAAGGAAAAGUGGAAAGUAAAGGCUCUAUGAUGCGAUAAAAGGUUCCUAAAGACUAAACGUAUUACUUGGAGAAGGCAAUAGGGCAACCUGCAGUGGAUCUUAUUCAUGUAAUUAAUACUUUUAGUAUUUGAAUCAGAAAUUCCAUGAUGUCAAAAGGAAAAGUGCUGCAUUUCAAAUGCAAUACUUGUAGGGGAAGAAACGAAUGAUUUGCUGGACCAUUUGAGAUCACUACAACGAGAAAAGGUAUGUGGAGCUCCCGCGUAUACAUGUGAAUUGAAAGCAUACACACGAGGGACAUGGUGCCUAAACCCCGUUGAAGAGUAUUAUAGUCCUUGAAAAGUACAUCUCCAAUGAUAUCAGGAGAUUCUCCCAAUCACAUAUACUCCUCAUCAACACCACUAACAAGUUAACCUUUAUAACAGCUGUUCAUUAGCUAAGCUUGUAAAUUUGUAUCGCCUAACAUGUUGGAGAUGGUGCGUUCUGAUUCCUCUCUUAAUGAAAUACCAAUAGCAAUACCAACAAAGAAAGCCAGUAGUCAG